AUGCUCACCUUUGAGACUGAGUCGCUUCAGGGUGCUCAACCUAUUACUGAGAAGUUGACGAGCCUUCCCUUCUCCAAGGUCGCUCACCAGGUCUCGACCCUCGACGCUCAGCCCUCCAACGAGCAGGGUGGUAUCUUGGUCAUGGUCACUGGUGCUCUUCUGAUCGAUGAGGAGCAGCGGCCCAUGAACUACACUCAAACCUUCCAGCUCCAGCCCGAUGGCCAGGGCAGCUACUUCGUUUUCAACGACAUCUUCCGCUUGGUCUACGGUGCAUAA